AUGGAUAGAAAGUCUGCUAGAAUAAAAGCAGAGUUACAAAGAUAUGGUUGGAGAGUUUCGAAGAAUUUUAAAUAUAGGAAGGGAAGACCCAUAAAAGUCUAUGACAAAUUGUCUGGUCUUCGCUACGAAAUGGAUUUGGAAACAGCACGUGCCAAUUAUCCAAACAGACUAGAGAGGUUAGAAGAAGAACGUCUUAUGGACAUGCCUUUCGAUGUUAGUGAACCUCAAGUUGAAGGAAACUUUUUUGUUAGAUGA